CCCCUAUAAAAGAAUGGGGGGGUACCAGCUACAAAAUGACGGUACCCUUACAGAGGAGGGAGCUUGACUGGAGGAAGCUAAGAUCGCUAGCUGGGGUUGCAGGAGGAUCGUUUUCCUCAAAUCCAUCCAGGGGCUUGGCCUUUGGUUCUGAUUGAAUCAAGCUCUUUGGAAACGUUGCGCAAACAGCGCUUGUACGCAAAGAGAAGCGAUUUGGGAUCCUGAUCAAACAUCGCAACCAUGGCGAUCGGUCUGAGCAGCUUCGCGGCAGCAUCGUUCUUCGCCGCCUGCGGGGUCAUCUACCACGCCGCAGCAACGCGCGAGCAGUUCUACCCGGCCAUGCUGUACCUCGCGAGCUCAAAGCUCUCGCUCCUAGUUCUCUCCAAUCUCGCGCUCCUCCUCCUCUUUCUCCUCGCCCGCUGCGUCAAAACCAUCUUCCUGGGGCGCCUCCGCGAGGCCGAGGUCGAGCGCUUAUACGAGCUCGGGCGCCACGAGCUUAUGGAGACGUGCCUCGCGCUCACGAUCUUCCGGGACCAGUUCGACUCCACGCUCCUCUUCAUGUUCUUGGCCCUCAUCUCGGUCAAGCUGUUCCACUGCUUGGCGCACAAGCGGUUGGAGUACGUGGAAACUACGCCCGCACUGCGGUUACUCGCGCAUGCGCGGCUGCUGCUAUUUCUGUUCCUGCUCCUGACGGUGGACUUUGCGUGCCUCAACUACGCGGCGAGCCGCACGCUGCACCACCUGCGCCAUGGGAACCGGCCGACCAGUCUCCUCCUCUUCUCCUUCGAGUACACGCUACUAGCGUCAGGACUGGUGGCGGCUCUCCUCAAGUACGGCCUGCACGCGGUGGACCUGUACCUGGACAGCCAGUGGGAGCUCAAGCCGGUGUGCAUCUUCUACCUGGACCUCAUGCGGGACCUCGUGCACCUCGUGCUCUACACCACGUUCUUCAUCACCAUCUUCAACUAUUACGGGCUGCCGCUGCACCUUGUGCGCGACCUGUACGACACGUUCCGCACGUUCAAGCAGCGGGUCGCCGACUUUAUGCGCUACCGCCGCCUCACCUCCAACAUGAACGACCGCUUCGUGGACGCCACCCCUGAGGAGCUUGGCAGGGGCGACGCCACGUGCAUCAUCUGCCGCGAAGAGAUGACGACAGCAAAGAAGCUGACGUGCGGCCACCUGUUUCACAUUCACUGCCUCCGCUCCUGGCUGGAGCGCCAGCAAACGUGCCCCACGUGCCGCGCCCCCGUACUCCCCACCGGAACUCCGCCGCCGGCACCGGCCGCAGCAGGUGCAGCCCCGCCCCACGUACACGCUCCAGGGGGGCACGGCCCCCAGCCUGCGCAACCCCCCGGCCAGGCGGGAGCAGCUGCCCCGCACCCCCCUCAGCAUGGGGAGCCUCGGGGCCACAGGGUUCAGUAUGCGGUACAGUUUGCGAUUCCGUUGGGGGGGCAAAAUCAGCAGCAGAGGCAGCAGGGGGCGGGAAUACAGUGGCAGUACCCGCAGGCUUGGCCCCAGGCUCCUGCGCCAGCCGUCAAUAUCCCCCCCGCCCAGCAGAUCCCUCGGGGGGCUCUUGCUGCCGCCGUGGGCGUACAGCUCCAGUUCCAAGCGCUAGCGGCGAGCGCCGCUCUCGCCAGCCUGGCGUCAACCGGCCCCUGGGGGGUUUUGGCGGCUGCCGGGCAGGGGCAGACGGCGGAGGGUCGCGCAGCAGAGAUUGCCGCGCUGAGAUCGCAUGCGCAGCUUGUGCAAGCCCGAUUGGACGAGCUGGUGCAACAGGAAAGGGCCGCCGGCGGCCAAGGGGAGCCCCAGAGAAGCGAGCAAACGCAAACAGACCCGCCGCGGAGGGAUGGAGUUGCAGAGGGGACGAACGCGGGAGAGGCCUCGAAGGCGGCGGAGACCCAGCCUGCCGCUUCUACCUCUGCAUAAGCUGUUAUUGGGUGCGACGAUAGCAAUGCCCAUUGUGAUGCAAGGUUGUUUGUUUCUGACGGAGGAACGAACAUGUAGAUCAACAGCCACGUGAAUUGAAAGCCUGUUAUCAGGACUUGUGUUUGCGAACCCUCGUUGAUGGACCAAUAUCACCCAGUUGCCCGUUGUGUGGAC